GUCCUCGCCGCUCGCCGUAGAUCCACGCUGCUUCUCAAGAGGAUGAGUGAGGUAUGACUUGAAGACGCGAUGGAGGGUCUGAAGAUACGGUUUGAUUUUCCCAGCCCCGUCGUACAAGCACAGGCGGUGAGAAAUCUUGUUGCUGCUGUGCUGAAGGAGAAAGGGCAAAAUGGGCAAAUCACACAGUCAUCCCCUCAGGGCCCGGCGCUGGAGGCUCUGUGGCAGCAGUGCUGCAGUGACUGUGCUCUGGUGCGGUCGUCCUGCUGUGAUGCCGUGGUGCUGCUGGUGGACCAGGGCCACGCAGACCUGCACUACAUCCUCAACUGUGUCCUCAACCUCCUGCCCUCUGCCAGAAAUGUCCAGGGGCUUAUAAAGGUCAUUGGACAGCUGCUACAGAUGCAAGCAGACCAGAGAGACCGAGAAUCCCACUUCGCCUGUCCUUACUCCAUCAGGAACAGCCCUCACCCGUACAUCACAGCCCUGGAGAACCGAGUGGACUGCUGGCCAGUGCUGCUGCUGGAGAUGGAUGAUUUCAUUCAGCAGGCUGCUGACAGAAAGGAACCAGCCCACAUUACCAUGCUGGCCCCCUUCCUGCAGUAUCUGUACUGUGAACCUCAGCAGCAACCCCAGCAUGCCCUCCUCCGACACAGUCUCCUGCGGGUGCUGCUGCCCGUACAUCCAGGAGCUGCAUCGGCCCUCCAGGCGAAGGACGAGGAGAAGCCCUGCGCGGUGUCCGACAGCCUGCUGCACCUCCUCUGCCAGCUGGUUCCACGUAUGCAGGUAAACAGCGUGGAGGCGGUGCUGGAGCUGUGUGGAUUCAUCAACGCUCUGCUUCAGGUUCUCCUUCGGGCCCCGGAGGAGCAGUGGAGAUCUGAGAGAGCCCGGUUGCUUCUGCAGCUGCUGUGUGCCUGUCAGCGCUGCCUCAGGUUAAACAGAGACUGUCGGCCGCUUCUCAAGCUGCUGCUGCAGCUCCUGCCCGCCUGCCAACAGGAGCUGCCAGUGGAUGAGCUGAUGAUUGGUGUGGCCCUGCUCCUGCUCGAGGCCCCUGCAGCUCAGCAGACCAGCCUGCUCACUCUGGCACUAAGUUUGGCUCCUGAGCACGCUGAGCUGUCGCCCUGGUUGAGUCCAGUCCUGGUUCUUCCUGUGCUGCAGCUGCUGUCCUGUGCAGAACUCACUGAGCCCAUGGCUGACCGGAGGACACACAAACUCAACCACAGCCUGGCACACAGCCUGCUCCGCAUCGUCAGCAAGCAGACAGAUAAACCCCGACAGCCUUGUCCACCAUUGGUUCUUCCUCUCAGCUCCUGGUACAGUGAGCUCAGCGUGGCUCUCUCCAUACUGCGUAAAGUUGCAGAUGAUCCAGCUCUGGCCACUGAAUGGCUGCUGUCGGUCCGAUCGGCCGUGUCGUCCAGCCAGCGCCUGCCCUGCUCGCUCACCCUCAUUGUGACCUAUCUCAUCAUCAUGGGCCGGGAAGACGUCUGCCAGCUGGCUUUGGACGCAAGCCAGGCCUUCGCUGCAGCCGACCCCUGCCAGGUCCCCUCCCUCAUCCCUGUUCUGUUGUUCAAACUGGGGAAGGACAAGAAUCCAAACGUGGCUCAUGCUGUGCUCAACUGCCUGCCAAACCUCGGGACUCACAAGCUCUGUGUCCCCAUGGUGCUGCAGACUCUCCACAUGCUGGCCAGCGCCCCCAAGCUGAGAGCGGUGGCAAUGCGCCUCAUGACUGCUCUCUGGAAGAAACAGGACCGAGUUUACCCGGAGCUGCAGCGUCUGCUGGGUCAGCAGGAUAGCAGGGUGGUGGUAGGGAGGGACGCCCAGUGGGAGCAGAUCCUGGCCAGGGCUGCCUGCCUAAGGGACAUCUGCAGAGAGAGGCCGUACCAGCAUGGAGGUGACAUGUUGGCUGCUAUUACGCUAACUCUGAACCAGUGCACCAGACCAGACAUGGCAACCCCAGCUGCUCUCGCCCUGCAAGGACUACAGGAGCUGUGCCGGGCAGAGGUCGUGGACAUCAUCUCAACAUGGAGGCGUCUCGGGCCAGAGCUCAGCUGUGAAUCCCGUCCACUGAUGGUCAAAGCUGUAGCUGAGCUUCUGGCUCUGGUUCCCCAGCUCACUGUUAAAUCAGAAGAGUAUGAGAAACUGAAAGUGGAGGUGGUCAGCUUUCUGUGGAAUUAUGCUGUGAGCAAGGAUCCAGAGGUGGCCAGCUGUGGCUACAAGGCUUUGGCAGAAUUUCCUGAAGCGGCUCACACAAUAACUCUCCUCCCUGAGGCAGCCAGGCCAGCUACAAAGCUCCCUGAAAAAGAGGAGGAGGACAAAGGGGAGGAGAAAGAGGAGGAGGAGAAGGAUCUGUCCAUCCCAGGAUCGUCUUAUGUGAAACUGAUGGCUCUCACUCCUGUGUCUGUUCUCCCAGCCUUUGAGUUCUUCUUGACAUCCCUGGUGAAGCAGGAGAUGAGCAGGAUGCCACGGGGGGUGUACUUCUCUGCCCUGAGGGGGGGGAACCUGCGUUCGGACCAGGGUAAAACGGUGGCUGGGAUCCCCGCGUUCAUGCUGAAGACCUACGAGAAAAACAAGCAGCCUGGGCUGAAGCCUGGACUAGCAGCUGGACUGCUGCUCAGUUAUGAGCUGCCUGUGCAGACGGACCGCACCGGCAAACCCAUCGAUCGCUUCCUUAUCAGCCGCUGCCGCAGCUUCCAGCAGACCCUGACAGCCCUCAUCCACGAGGUGAACAUCCAGCCGUCUGAGUGGCACAGAUCCCUCCUGUUACCCCAGGCCUGGAGGGGUUUCAUGAGCCGAGCGUUCCAUGCUGUCUUGCAGGGUCGACGUGCUGACAUGGAGAUGCAGCAGAAACAAGGCAAAGAGAAUCCAGAGGAGCUGCAGUACAAACAGCACUGUGCCUGGCUGUGGGCCAGAGAUCAGCUGACAGACGUCAUCAAAGUCGCUACAAAGGACAGUCCUGUGGUUCAGGGAAACUCCAUCCUGGCUUUGAGCGGCCUGGCCUCUGUCCUCGCCAAGUAUGAGAGCAACCUUCCUGUUGACAGCGACGGCAGCCUCGGGGCUGGACCAGAGUUUGUUCCCACAGCCAGCUGGUUGUCCAUGGUGCUGGAGACGCUGCUAAGCAUCAUCAGCAGCAGCUACAGAGCCAGGGGACAGGUUUUCCCAUGGUUCAUGCAUCGCUCCUAUUCAGGUGAGAACACAGCGAGUGCCAUCGCCCGCUCCUGUGCCAGCCUGGCGUUGUCCUUGCUGGUUCCCGUGCUGGUGGUGUGGCAGAGGGACGGCCUGGUCAAGGUGCUGACCGCUCUGAAGGCCGGCCUGCCGGGCUCGACCACUGCUGACGACUCGCAGGCCGUCCAGUUCCACUCCGGCCUCGCACUGGGCAUGGUGCUGACCAGUCUGCACCACCAACGCCUCGGUGACGUCUCUGUGCAGAAGGACACUGAUCUUCUCCUCAGCUCUCUGGAUGCUCUAAAAGGCUGCUCCUUCAACUCCGACCUGGAAUACAAUACCGGCUGCAUGUUGGGUCUAGGCCUGGUGCUGGCAGCUCUCUGCAGCAGUGGACAGAAGGAACAACACGUCCAUGUCACCCAAACUCUGGACAAACUGCUCUCAGACCUGCAGGACAGCAGUGGGCAGGGACGCAUGCUGCAGGAGGUCUUGGCGUAUGCAGUGGCGUGUGUGGGCGUCUCGGCCUUCAGUGGAGGCCUCAUAGAUGCUGCCAAGGCUGAGGAGGUCAUGAACACUGUGCGCACCCUGACGGAGGAGAGCCAGCAGACCCCAGGGUUUUCUCUGGCUCUAGGGCUGGUGGUCCACGGCCUGUCGCUGUCCGGUCACGGUAAAGCAGUGGACAUUCACCCUCGACUCCUGGCUGCUUGGAUCAAGAUCUUACUGGCUGAGGGUUGUCCUACUAUGCAGCGACUGGCUGCUGUGAACGGCCUGGUGGCUUUAGUGGGAUCUGAGAGUUACCUCAUUCAGUUAAAAAGUGAGUUGGAGCUUUCCUCCCAGCAGCAGAGCCGACUCAAUGAGGUCAUUCGAGCCAUCACACAGAUCCUCACGUUCUCAGGCGCCAUCGGUUUACAGUCCAACAGCGCCUGUCUGGUGGGUCACUUGCAUUUGGCCCACAUGUCCACCAGCCACAGUCACACAGCAGUCCCACAGGACUUCAGUUACCUCCCAGAGAAAAGCGUCAUCAGAUCCAUCAUUGACUUUGUCUCAGAGGCUGGAAAGAAAGGUCCAGAGUUCUCUCCUCUGGCUCUGGUGAAGACGGCUCUGACCUCGCUGGCAUCGGUUGGAGCCAGUUUCCAGUACCCCCCCAUUAACUGGAGCGCUGUGCUGUCUCCUCUGAUGAGGCUCAGCUUCGGAGAGGAUGUACAGCAUCAGUGUGUGGUACUGGCAGCGUGUCAAGCUCAGUCUUCCCAGAGUGCAUCUCUCUUUCUGGGCUCCUGGCUGUCACCGCCGCUUGUGCACAGUCUCAGUCAUCAGACCCGGGCUCACCUCUUUGAGACCCUGGGCAUGUGGAUGAAGCACGUCGCCGAGGACAAGCUCCAGAUCUUCGUGGAGAGUCUGGGCCUGCAGCAGUUUCAGGAGGACCUUCGACCCCAGCGUCUGUCGCUGUGCCGCUCUCUCCUGCAGGGUCUCGCCAAGGCCAUGGCCCUCCCGAACCCCCCCAGUAACUGCUGGGCAAUCCUCUGCUCCACCACCGAGAAGAUCUUCAGCCUCCUGCCCAAUGAAAUCCAGGAUGAUGAAGUGGACUUGUACAUGGGAGUGGCCAAAUGUCUGUCUGAGAUGUCCGAUACAGAAAUUGAUCGAAUAGCCAAAGUCACAGAGGGUCAGAUGGAGAAAACGUGCUUCGUCUUGGCUUACCUGACUUCCCAAGGCAGAGUUCCCCUGCUGGGUCUCAAUGACAUCAUUGCCGGCGUGCUUCGCGGUUGGCCGAGCCGCAGAGUCGGCUGGCUCCUCCUGCAAACGUUCUACCAGUGUCGCCUGGCCUCCGGCUCCAACACAGGCGUCUCCAAACGAAUGGAAUGGCUCCUGGAGUUGAUGGGCCACAUCCGAAAUGUCGCCUAUGGUGUCACCUCCGUCUCAUGUGGAGACAGCAGAAUGGCCACAGACUUCCUGUUCCAGGUCUUUGCUGCUGCUGUGGUUUCCUGGGGGGACCACUUCAUGCCCCUCCUGCUCGGCAUCAGGGCCCAGUGGUUCCCGUGGCAACUGGGCUCCAAGCCUCGCGCCCUGCACCAUAGUCUGUACGGACAGGAGUCGCUCACUGACCACGCCCUGCCACAGUGCCUGCUGGGAGUGUCCCACAGCUUGGCCCUGCUUCUGGACAAAGAGCCUUGGAGCAGCCAGACACAAAAGUUCAUAGACUGGCUUCUCAGCAUCACAGAAGGUCCUGAACAGAGUCUGUCGACUGAAACCAUCAAUACAGCCAAAGCUGCCCUGUUGGCCCUGAAGUCCUCCGCUGAGUUCGAGAAGAAAACUGUGUGGACCCGAGCGUACGGCUGGUAGCCCGGAGGAGCCACAAUAUCGUACAGGAGCUCUAACGCCGAGGCUGCAUCUCUCCUACCUGAGCUUGUUGGAAAUGGAUACAGCAACGGCCUUGAACGUUUUGAGGCUCAGUGCAGCGCCACACUUUGAGCUCGGAUAGAAACUGUGCUGCCACUGGAGCUCGGCUUCAGUCUCAUGUGAGAACAAUGUCGAGAGGAAUGUGCUCUGUCAAACAUUUCUAUUAAAAUGGUAACUGAACGUAUUUUAUUCGGUGGUUUCUACAUCUUUGAACAAUUUCCAACAAAUCAAACUAAAAAAAAAAGUAACAGACUUUGAUUUUUCGAGUCCUUGUUAUCCUCUGAACUUCAGAAGUCUCUGGGAGUCUGAAAUUGUCCUUUAGCCUUUUCAGUUCUUCAAUGUUCUUCGAUGCGUCAUCUCCUUUUCUUCUUAUUGUUCCAUUUGUCCAGUAGGUGUUGUCUCUCCUUCAGCAGCUGCCAGACUGAUAUGUAGGCUCCUGAAAAGACAACACUGCUGUCACAAACUUGGCAAAAACUAAACCGUGUCUUUAAUGUAAUGCUGUGUCUAUGGUACAGAUCUAUCAGCUAUAAAUAGAUGGCCAAGGCCGAACUGUCCUUGGAUGUAUACUUUAUGUUUAUUAAAAAUAAAAAGAAUAACAGUU